AUGGUCAAAACGACGUCGUUUUAUACAUCAUCAGUCAAAAUUAGGUUAUAUCGCCCAAAUCAAACGCUAUUCACUCCUCCUCUCUCGCUGGAUUCAUCCACCCCCAACCAUUUUCCAUUCUUGGAUUCAAGUCGCGAUUCAUCCACCCCCAUUGGAAGCGAAAAUCCCGUAACAAGGAUGUCGAGUUCUUCCCAGCAUUCGAGCAGAACGUGGCCGAGGUUUGAGGCAGUGGUCUGUGAUCACGGUCUUGAAGCUGAUGUGGUGACAUCCAAUACGGAUGCCAAUCCCGGACGACGCUUCUAUCGUUGCCAAGUCUGGAAGGAGGACGACUGUAAAUUCUUUCGUUGGAUUGAUCCAUCAUUGUCACCGAAUCAAGAGUAUUUUUUCAAAAAACUGAAGCUUGAUAGGGACAACGUGCAAAGAGCAUUGAGAGAUAGGGUUGCUAAGCAGGAUGCACUCGACGAGAGCGUCCGUUCGAAAACCGUUGAAGUUGAAGCACUCCAAGGUGUUGUCGCACAGUUGCAGCGUCAAAACCGGAACUUGAAGGUUGUCAUUUGCAUGUUAUGUAUCGUCUUGUGGAUCUUGUUGUAGCUUAGCUAACAUAACUUCGGAUCUUGUUGUA